AUGUUGCCAUCUACCUAUGCCUUCUUGCCAGAAGGAAAGAACACAAAAAUAUAUUUCAUAUCUCCUAAUAUCUAUUGCUGUGGUGCUGGUACUAUGACAGACACUGACAUGACAACUCAGCUGAUCUCCUCCAACUUGGAGCUCCAUUCCCUUUCUAUGGGACAUCUACGCAGAGCUGCUACAGCUAAUCAAAUGCUUAAACAGAUACUUUUUAGGUUUCAAGGUCACAUUGGUGCAGCCUUGGUUUUAGGAGCAGUACUUGCACCUCACCUCUACAGCAUCUAUGCUCAUGGAUUAACUGGUAAACUGCCUUAUAUCACCAUUGGUUCUUGGUCUUUGGCAGCAAUGAUUGCAUUGCACAAAUUUAAACCAGCUGGACUCUUCAGUGACUUGGAAUCUGGGAGAAACAUAGAUCUCUGUGUUAUCAGCCAGACCAAGUUGGACUUCCUCCCUCCAUUUGAUAUUCCCAGCAAGAAGGGAAGCAGGUUUGGCAGGUACAAGAGUGAGAAAGGGGCAAUUGCUAUUCUUACUGAGAAAGUCACUUCCCUGAAAACUGAAGUGCUGGAAGAAACAGUGCAGACAAUGGGCACUUCCUAA